GAAAAAAAAAAUUAAGAGGCUUUGGUCAAGAAGUUACUCUUUUUCCCUCAAGUGGGAUACAGCAUCUUAUAGAUAAAAAUAAGCGAUCUUAUGAAACUUUAAAAGUUUGCGCACACUUAAACGCGUUUUCCCCUCUCGAGUAUUCGUCGUCCUAUCUCAGAAACCAAUAAUUAAGUUUCAACCCGACGCAAAUUUUUACACGACUUAAGUAAGUACGUGCAGCUUUGAGAGCUUACACUCCAAUGUCAAGGAUAGCGAGCAACACUUCAGCAGAACAACACAAGUUUGUAACCAAUAAUGGAUCACUGGAGAUUAUAAUUCCAGUAGUGAAGAAGAAAAUUCUUUUGACGAAGGAGGAAAGUAUAAUUCAUCGCAAGAAGCAUCCCAAAUCACAGGACCAAGUGCUGAGGAACUCCCCACUUUCUAUGCAGAUACUCCUAAUGAUGGCCUCUGCUCUGAAUUUAAAUCUACUAAGCACCCUUUUUCACCAAGGAUUAUGCAUUCACUCAAGACAACAUUUGGGCUGCACAAAUUUCGACAGAACCAAUUGGAAGCAGUCAAUGCAAUCAUGCUGGGGCAUGACUGCCUCAUCAUUAUGCCCACUGGUGGAGGGAAAUCACUUUGCUACCAAUUGCCUGCUGUCCUCACAGAAGGAUUAACACUGGUCAUCUCACCUUUACUUUCUCUAAUGAAGGAUCAGACAGCCAAACUUAAAUCUCUAGAUAUUCCAGCUGGUGCUCUUAAUAGCAGCAUGGAUAAUGAAAGUAUCAACUCUGUCUACAAGAAUUUAAACCCUACAAACCCAAGAUUGAAGCUUUUAUACAUUACACCAGAAAAAUUAUUUGCAAGUGGUCAAAGCAGUGAAAGGUUACGAAACACCCUUCAAGACUUACACCAUAACAAAAAAUUAGAUCGCAUUGCCAUCGAUGAGGUUCACUGCAUUUCAGAAUGGGGUCAUGAUUUUAGGCCAGAUUACAAAGAAUUGUGUGUACUCAAUGAUAAUUUUCCUGGCGUUCCCAUCAUAGGCUUGACAGCUACAGCUACCCCGAGAGUUCGCAAGAAUAUUGUAAAUUGUCUAAAUCUGUCGGAUCCGAAAUGGUUUUUAUCUAGUUUCAAUCGACCAAAUUUGAAAUAUCAGGUUGUUCCAAAAAUGAAAAAUGCAUUGAAUGAACUAGUUUUUGUAAUCAAGAGUCAAUUCUUGGGAAAGUGUGGAAUCGUCUAUUGCUUUUCAAGGAAGGAUGCAGAUGAUGUAGCUAAAGCACUUAACUCGGUUGGUUUGAAAGCAGUCAGUUAUCAUGCAGGGCAAGCUGAUAAUCAACGAGAACUAUCCCAAAAUAAAUGGACUACUAAUAAAGUGAAUAUCAUAUGUGCCACCAUUGCAUUUGGAAUGGGCAUUGAUAAACCUGAUGUGAGGUUUGUCAUACAUUAUUCAAUGCCAAAAUCGAUUGAAGGAUAUUAUCAAGAAACUGGUCGGGCAGGGAGAGAUGGAAAGCUUGCCUCCUGUAUUUUAUUUUAUUCAAAGACUGAUUCUCAAAAAAUUAUUGGAUUGAUUUCUAUAUCAAAAGGAACUCAGCAGGUGAAAACUGUACAGAAAGAAAGUCUCCAGAAAAUGGUGGCUUUCGCUGAAAAUCGGACAGAUUGUCGGAGAGAAAUGCAGUUGAACUACUUUGGAGAAAUUUAUGAUUCAAAACUAUGUAGCAAGAAUCUGGCAUCCGCCUGUGACAACUGUCUAGGAGAGGGAUCCUUGAUAAAAGAAGAUGUCUCUGAUGAAGCCAGAAAGGUACUGAUGCUGGUUCACAAUCUGGAAAUCAAAAAACGAAGGAAUUCCUCAUCUAGUCUCUCUUCACCGAAAAAAGAAAAGCCUUUAUCUUAUUCUCUCAGUUAUAUCGCUGACGUUUUCCAAGGUCUUAAAACAGAUAAAAUCAUAGCUGCAGGUCAUGACAAACUUCUUCUUCAUGGCGAGGGUCAUCACUGGAGCAGAGCAGAUGUUGAGCGGUUAAUGAACAAGCUACUGGUUGAAGGAUAUUUGCAAGAAGAAUUAUUUGGAGCAGGAGAAGAAAUUGUUCAGUCAUAUCUUAAGCUUGGUCCCAAAGCUGACGAACUUAUCAAUGGGCAGGACAAAAUUGAAUUGGCGAAAAGUAUUUCAACAACCAGUGAACUUGAUAAUAGUAUUGCCGCAAAAAUGACAGAUACUUUAUCAAAAAAUUCCAAGCUCAUGGAAUUACAAGAAGAAUGUUUUGAAGCCCUUGUUGAAGUAUGUCAAGAACUUGCCAGUUCUAGGGAAAUUCCUCUGGCAUCUGUAAUGAGUAUGCAGUCACUAAGAACAAUGUCAGAAGUUUUGCCAAGGUCAGAAGAAGAAAUGUUAGAAAUUGAUGGAGUAACUUACGCUAAUUUUUCAAAAUUUGGCGAUCCAUUCCUUAGAUGCACCCAAAAUUUUGCUACCAAAAAAUUAAUCUUGGAGCACCAGCAAGCAGAGGUGAGGGAAUCAUCAUCUAAUAUGGUCUUUAAAUCUACAAAACGAAAGUACAAAAGGAAAAGAAAGCAUCGGAAAAGGAAGGGAUCAGGGAAGAAAAGGGGUCCAAAAGCAAAGCGGCAGAAGAGAAAAUAAGUUUAUUUGUCUUCAUGAAUGUAUUUAUAAGUAGGAAUAUUAUUGUACUUGGCUGAACAUCAAAUUUAAAAAAAUGAUAGAGAAAGAACGGACUAAGUCAAAUGCUCAUGUAAUCUAUUUCAGAUUUCAAAUAUUUUAAAAGUGUGCUUUUCCAAACAUGCAAUUUCUGAAGCACUUGAAGCCAACUAAAUGUUCAAAAUAUUUGUUUUAAAAUAUUACGUAUGUGCUGUGAACUUCAUGUGAUCUGUAGUUUAGUCAAUCAGGAGAAUUAAGCUCAUAUUUUUGUUUUCCCCCAAGAAACUUCUACACUGUAACUUUCCAACCAAAUCCAAAAAGAUUAAAAAUUACUUUGAUUGGCUGAUGAAAAGUUUAAUGUGAUUUUGUAGAGCUGAAAA